AUGCCUUCAACGGGCCGUAAAGUGUUAACCGUUGAAAUCAGAAAGAAACGCGUCGUUUUGUUAGUCGAUCGCGGUAAGCUCGAUCGAAGGAAUACCUUCGCGAAGAGAAAGCGCUUCGAGUUCAGACAGUUUCCGUCGGUUUACUUUCUCCGCGGACGACGUUCAUUGCACUUGCACUUGCGAUUCUUUGAUCCCUUCUAAUUUAGGGGUUCCCUGUUCCGUCCGACCAAUUACGUGGCUGUAACAACGAGUGCUGUUGCCAGCUGGCAAGCAUUAUAUCUUGCUCACGGUUUCCUUCUUUUGCAUUUAAUUAGAGCCAGUCGGCAGCAAAGCGCCAGCGUUGAUGGGGAUCGUUAAAGGAAUAAUGUUGCAAGUCGGGACGAAGACAAGUGUCGUGAUAUUCUGUCCAGCGCAGGGCUAUCCCGUGCCUUCGUUUAGGUAAAUCUGUAAAUUCUAUACGAGAAUGGAGGAAACUUAUGCACAUGUAUACUCUAACAUCUGUCUCUCCUUACGCGCCUUCCAGUGGGUAAUUAAUGAAGCACACUGAACGUCGUGACUAAAUCAAAUAAUCUGUGUACUCUUCUUCGUUACUUACACCACUCUCUUGUUCUUAUUGUCACUUGGUUAGAAGGUUCUUACUAACUCGUUGGUACAAAUUCGUGUCGAUCGCAAGAAUUUCUCGGUCGCAUGUACAUGUUGUGAACAAUGUGACAAAUUCGUUAUCCUUAGAUUAUUGUGCAUUUAUGGAAUUUAUUUGCAGUUGCAGGAAACGUAUAUACAUCUGAAGUAGAGUGUUUCUUGUAGUACGUAAUAAGAUAAAACAGAUUUCUAUUUAAAUUUUAUUUCUUAAAAAAGAAAAAAGAAAAUAAAUUUAAAAAUCCGUAAAAUAUUUUAAUUAUUAUGUUUGACGAACAUUACUGUUUUUGUUAUGUUUGAUCAAGCGUGUUGCCUCUGGGCAAUUUAAGUAAGAUUUUUAAAUAAAAUAAAUAAAGUAAUUUGCGAAAAUUUCACUUACAAAUCAGUAUAUUUUUGAAAACAGUAAGUACCUAUUAUUAACUGUAUUGUGAAUGUUAAUGAAAAGUAUUAUUUAAGACGAUUGUAUAAUUCUAUUAUAGUUCGUUAUAUUGACGAUUACGAUGAAACGACAGAAACGGAGCACCAGACUAAACUGGCAACUAGCUACCGCUGGCUGACGAUUUAUUUAACAGUUUAA